GAUACACGGGGCCGAGAAAAGAAGCAGCGGAGGAGGGCCACACGCAGUCAAAGCCGGCAGCGAGUGAGGGCGGUGUCACUGGUGUGAGCAGGCCACAGUGAGCGGCAAUGAACGGACUGGAUCUAAACUAGCACCUGAUCGAACGGCCACCGUUGGAAUGACCGUGAGAACCCCUCUCAGGUUCAGGGAGCUUCCAGCGGGUUCUUUCUUGCCCUGGACUACUUUCCCCUCUCUCUUCCCCCAGAUCACCUUCACAGCUCUCCCGGCGACCGGCGACCAGCGCACCUCUCGCCAGCACUUCCCCCCCCUUCCUGCGCAGCUCUUCGAAGGAUCACCUCAUUCGCCACAUCGGCAGCAGAUGGCAGAUCCCGGUGCCGGCGGUGACCUUCGGGCAGUCCUUGGACUCGCUCUGUUCAUGUUGGUGACUUCCCUCUCUCCGAUCGCGUCGUCGUACGGGGUGUUCUUGCUACGCAACAAGCUCAGGCGGUCGAAGCAGAAGAAGAUGAAGGAGGAGCAGGAUCUGCGGCGGCACGAGCUUUUCCGGCGCGAGCAGGAGCUCCGGGCACAGGUGGCCGCCCUGCAGGCCGCCCUUGCCCGGAAGCACGCUCUUGCCGUUGCCGGUAAGUGACGGAGGAGAUGCUUGGUGUGCCCGUGUGAUCCUCAACUGUGCCCAUCUGACGAUUAAUCGUGUGCCCUAGGAGUAGGAAGCAAUGCCCCUUGCUUGUUUAGAAGCAUCUGAUGCCUGUCACCAACUUGAUCUAGUUUUAUUAGUAUGUAGUUUGAACUAGCCUGUGUCAAGUUUUAUUAGUAUGUACUAGCAGUUUGAACCAUCCUCAGUGGAGAUGGCACCUACAUACGUAUAAACUAGAAAACCAGGAAUGACCUAUUCCAAAAAUACUGCAGAAUGGGCGUGUGUUUCAGUCUUUAUGCCCAACUCCAGCCUGUGUUUCAGUAAUGCACAACACUAUUUGCUAUGACCAAGCUGCAGAGCAUCUGCAUUACAAAACCGCGAUUUAAGAUUAAGGAAAAUGGAAUGCACUAGAUAAACACAGAUCGGAUAAGUUUUAAA